GAAAAUUUGGAGCUUCCAAACUGUAUUUUAGCUUCUCCAAUUCCUAAUGGCGCCCGCCUUUCCCACCUUAAUUUUUCAAUUCUAGAUCUGCAAUUUCAAACUUCUCUCUUUUUCCCCAAAACCAAAAUCCCCAGCUAGGGUUUUACCACUCCUUUUGCAGCUGUUGAGUUGUAGCAGAAUUCUUCUUCUUCUAUGGCGUCCGAGAAAGAAACCCUAGAUGACAAGAAACCAGAGGAGGUGAUUGAGGAGCAACAACCGAAGGACAACGACAAGGAAAAGGAAGAGGAAUCAAUGCAAGUUGACAAAAAGGAUGCUGAAUCAGAGGAGGAGAAAGAAGAAUCAGAGGAGGAGGAGGAAAAAGAAGAAGAAGAGAAACCAGUCGAGAAGAAGGGGAAAAACAGAGGUGAGAGUACGGAAGAGCCUGUAACACCAAUCACAAGACCAACUAGGGAAAGGAAAACUGUGGAACGCUAUUCCGAGUCUUCGGAAGCUAGAGGUUCCACGCCUAAGCCUUUGUCAAUUAGGAAGGGUAGUGGUACUCAGCUGAAGGAUAUACCAAAUGUGGCUUAUAAACUAUCCAAGAGAAAACCUGAUGACAACCUGCAAAUGCUUCACAACAUUCUUUUCGGCAAGAAAUCAAAGGUACAUAGUUUGAAGAAAAACAUAGGACAGUUUUCAGGAUUUGUUUGGGUUGAGGAUGAGGAAAAACAAAGGCGAAAAACCAAAGAGAAGCUGGACAAGUGUGUUAAGGAAAAGCUGCUGGAUUUUUGUGAUGUCCUCAAUAUUCCAGUGAGCAGAACUUCUGCAAAGAAGGAUGAGCUCACAGUGAAAUUAUUAGAGUUCCUGGAAUCUCCUCAUUCUACAACAGAUUCCUUGCUUGCUGAGAAGGAACAGAAGGGUAAGAAGCAAAAGAGAAAGGGCUCAGCUAGCAAAAGUGCAGGCUCUUUGGAUAAAUCAGUUAAGCAGAAGCAUCAGAAAUCUGAAGUUGGGGUAAAACGCAAGCGGUCAGCAAAAACUGAGGAGGAAGAAACUAAUGAUGAACAACCAUCAGAUAGUGGUGAUGACUCUGACAAUGAUGAUGAAGCUCCUAAAGAAGGAAGUGAUCAGGAAGAGAGUGGUUCUGAGAAAAGUGAGAAACAAGAGGAAGAGGAAGAAGACGUGGAAGAGAAACCAAAGAAAAACAAGUCUGGUGAGAAGGUUAAUUCGAAGAAGAGUGUGAAGAAGGAUUCGGGGAGUAAAGCAGCAGAGAAGACUAAGGCCACAGAAAAGGGCAGCCCUGCGAAGUCCUUGAAAAGUUCAUCAACAUCUACCCCUUCAAGUUCAGUUUCCAAGAAAGGUGCUUCUGCUGCUGAUUCAACAUCUAAAGCCAAGAAAGAAAAGGCUGAAAAGAAAAGCAAAAAAGAAGAAACUGAACCUGUGAAGGAAAAUUCUUCAAGCAAGAAACAAUCAAGCAAGUCUACUUCAAAGGUUUCUGAAAAAGGAAAAGGGAAAAGUGUAAAGAAGGCCAAGGCAGAGCCCAGCAAAGAAGAAUUGCAUGCAGUAGUAUCAAUUAUUCUUAAAAAAGUGGAUUUUAACACUGCAACUUUAUCUGAUAUUAUCAGGCAAUUAGGUAGCCACUUUGAUCUGGAUUUGAUGCACAGAAAAGCAGAGGUAAAAGCUAUAAUCACUGAAGUAAUAAAUAACAUGAGUGAAGAGGAAGAUGAGGAUGAAUCUGAGGGUGAUGAUGCAGAAAAAUCUGAAGGAGAGAGUGAUGCAGAAAAGCCUGAAGGUGAUGAUGAUGCAGAAAAGUCUGAUGGUGCUGACAGUGAUUCUUGAUUUACAAUUCAAGUCGAGUUUGCUACCAAUGCAAGCUUGUUCAUUGUUCUGAUUUGCAUGUUAUCCUCUGUAAAGACAUGUAAGCGAGAAGUUAUACUGUUAGCUGCAAGGUAUACAGACGGUGGCCUCAAUAGGAUAGUUGUAAGAUAGAUAUUUCCGUGUUAUAGCUAAUCUGUAGGUGUAACCUUAGGAUUUCCUUAUCCCCAUCUCUUGCUGAUAGUCCGGGGUUUUGAGCUUCUUGUACUUUUUUUUUUUUUAUAACUAUUGCAGAUUGCCAAAGGUUAGAUAUGAUGAAUGACUAAGAUUCUGUAUCAUGUGUACUGCUGAAUAAAGAGAUCUGGAAAUACUCCAUGAUGGAAUGGAGGGCUUGCUUGAUAAUUGCUAUAUUGUCUUCUGCUGGUGUUAUAUGUCUUGAGUUGUAUUUGAAUAAACUUAGGAGGAACACCUUUUUUUUG